AGGGGUGGCUGAUGGCGCUGAGGCAGACGGUGAAGGAGGGGGGGCUACCACAGCAGCAGGAGCAGGAGAGGAAGCGAGCGGAGGAUGCUUAUUUUCAAGCAUGUGAUGACUGAGGCCUGAAGGUUGAGAGGCUGCAGCAGCAGGACCUGCUUGCAUCCAGCUUCAAUGAAGGAUGAAGAGCCCAGUGCACAGAUGCAGGGAUGUGGAGCACGGACGCGGGCAGGCCGGGUCUGGGGCCGGAGCCGGGUCUGGGGCCGGGGGAAGGUCCAACUGCUUACAACCUGAACAGCGCAUCCCUAUCUCCAAAGACGUCAUCACUUCCUCCUCUUCCUCAGCCUUGUGGUUCAUCAGGGACACUUGCGGCAUCGUGUGCGCCAUCAUAACAUGGCUGCUGGUGUUUUACGCUGAGUUUGUGGUGCUGUUUGUCAUGCUGGUGCCCUCCAAGAAUCUCGCGUACAGUAUUGUGAACGGGACCUUGUUCAAUACUUUGGCCUUUCUAGCCCUCGCCUCACACCUCAGGGCCAUGUGCACUGACCCUGGGGCCGUGCCAAAAGGGAACGCCACUAAGGAAUACAUAGAAAGCCUUCAGCUGAAACCAGGGCAGGUGGUCUACAAAUGUCCCAAGUGCUGCAGCAUCAAGCCUGACCGAGCUCACCACUGCAGUGUUUGCAAACGAUGCAUACGGAAGAUGGACCACCACUGUCCCUGGGUCAACAACUGUGUUGGGGAAAACAACCAAAAGUACUUUGUUCUUUUCACAAUGUACAUUGCUCUCAUCUCUCUGCACUCUCUGGUCAUGGUGGUCUUCCAUUUCCUCUACUGCUUUGAAGAUGAUUGGACAAAGUGCAGCUCCUUCUCUCCUCCAGCAACAGUCAUCCUCCUCAUCCUCCUGUGCUUUGAGGGCCUCCUCUUCCUCAUCUUCACCUCUGUGAUGUUUGGCACCCAGGUCCACUCCAUCUGUACCGAUGAGACAGGAAUCGAGCGUCUGAAGGGGGAGACGGGGAGGUGGGGCAAAGUGCCCUGCUGGGAGGCCAUGCGGACGGCGUUCGGGGGCCGGCCCUCCCCGUCCUGGUUCAGCCCCUUCACAGGCCUCAGCUGUCAGAACCGGCCUGUGGACCACGUCCCCGUCCCGCAGGGGGACAUCAUUGAGCAGGACGUCAUAGAGAUACCACUCACACCUACUUCAUGACGACCAAGGGACUGCGGGGUUUUUUCUAUUUCAUUUUUUUGAUAAUUGAAAUGUGAUACUGUCUAGAAUAUCAACUUAUUUUAUGUGUUUUUGAUUGGACGUGUUUUCCCUGUAAAGGUGUUGGCAGAAAUAUUUUUCUACUUUGGGGUAUAAGGGUUUGUUUUCGAGCAGAGUUGUGUAGUGUACUUAUGAGCAGUCAGUAUCCUACCCCUGCAGUCUGAGGUCCCAAAAUUAUUCAGGGUUUUUCUGGUGGUUGAGUCAGUCAUGGUAAUCAGGACUGCUGCUGCACUACAAAAACACACAGUCUGGUUUGGUCUGUAGACUUGAAAUGAGAUUAAAAAAAAUAACUUGUGUACUUGUAACUUUUCAUCAAUAUUAAGGAAUUAUUUACUUAAACAGGCUCACAUCUUACUGAAGAAGUACUGGAUCCACUGGCAGAUUUUUUUUUACUUCUUUUUCGGAUAAAUUGAGAUCUUUUAACAUGGGAAAAACAUCUUAUAAGUGAACUAAUUUGUUGGUGGAACAGGGAAAACUGAAUGAGCGAAGCGUCUGGGACAUCCAGUUAUCGUUGCAGAGCGAACAGACUUGAUUUUUAACGGAGUGCACAUAAACGGACAGCAUGCUGGUCUGUUGGCGGCGCUUCACCAGAACAAAUCUGCUCCAUUCAUCUGGAAAGUGAUUUCUUAGCUUGCUCAGACCAAAGAAAUUGACCCAAAUUACUACAAACCCAAAUGUUUUCCUCAAGCAUCAAUCUUAGUGGAGUUGAAAUCAUACUGCUAAAUAACAGUAGAGCCCUGUAAUCUACUGGACUGUCAGUUAUUUCUGAAAUAAGACAAAAAAGCCACAGUACUGAAAACAGUUUCUUAUCGUGUGCCUUAUCCUUAAUUAUGACUAAUCUGAGUGGAUUCACUUUAGCAUCUGAUCUCUGUUCGUUGGAGUGUCUCAUGUCUUCCGUUUAUGAAAUCUUAGAAACAAACCUGGAACUGAUUGGUUAGAUGAAUUAAUGUUAAUUAAAUGGUGAAUGGGUGCUGGAUACUAUAGGACUAUGCAUAAUGUUUACAGUCCUCUUGUUGUGUGAUUUCAUUUUUUAAUGAAUAUAUAUACAGAUAUUUAUAUUCUCUGUUCUUCCGAAGCUGUUUUAUAUGACUAAUAAAAAUUCAUUGUUAAUUACAA